GGGACAGCAGCCGCGGAGCCGGCGCCGAGAGCGGCUGCUGCCGGAGCGAGCGGCGGAGACAAAAGGCUCCGAUAGGACCAGCUGUGAGUGUGUGGAUUUUUGAGUAAAACCUCGAACCCAAAUGAAAAGAAACCGUCAAGGAACAACUCCCACUGACAGUGAGUCUACAGUCAUCUGUAUGCAUAAUACAGAAUGUUCUCAACCCAGAGAUAGCUCUUUUGAAAGGAGUGAGUGACCACCUGUUGAGGCCCUGAGUCAAGACAACAAUUUUUAUACCUUUCCUGGUGGUUCAGAAACAAGUCUCUGUGGAACCAGAAACAAAGAAAGGAGAUAAUCUGACCUUUUCUUUACUAGAUUGACUGUAAAAGAUACUUGACUUCCAGGAACAAGCACAGAGAAGUAAUAAAGUUAUUAUUUUGGCAUCAUUGGACGUUGAUCACAUUGAGAAGCGUGCUUUGUGAAGCUUCCUGAGUUGAGAUUUGGAAACUUCAUUGGUGCUCAUUUAUAACUUGGACUAUCAGCAUGAGUGAAUUCUGGUUGUGUUUCAACUGCUGUAUCGCAGAACAGCCUCAACCGAAAAGGCGCCGGCGGAUUGACCGAAGUAUGAUUGGAGAGCCCACAAACUUCGUGCACACAGCUCACGUGGGGUCAGGUGACCUGUUCAGUGGGAUGAACUCUGUCAGCUCCAUUCAGAACCAGAUGCAGUCCAAGGGAGGCUACGGGGGUGGCAUGGCCGCCAACGUGCAGAUGCAGCUGGUGGACACAAAGGCAGGAUAGCCCCGGACUUCUCCUCGGUCAUUGUGAAUUUCUCUGUUUUGUUCCCACUGUUAAUUUUUUUUGGUCAUGGUUGCUUUUCUUUCCUUUUCAAUUACAAAAAAAAGAAGCGUGAUGGCGUCUUGUUCACCCUGUUGUGAUUGCUCCAGUGACACGUUCCUGUUCUGCUCUGAAGAAACUUGUCAGAAGAAUCCUGCAUUUCCUUCAACUGGCAUGCAUGCCUUUGGACUCAUGGACAGAGUUCUUUGGAUUGUGGCUUAAUUCUUGAUUUUUAUGAAUAUGGAUCUGAUUUUAGCAUGAUCUUUUUUUGUGAAUGCUAGCACUGUUUUGCAUUCUUCCCCCACAUUUUUCUUUCCACCUUCAACCCCUCUGCUUUAUUGAUUUUAUUGGUAAGCAAAGACCUGCUUUUGUUAAUUUGUUACCAUUUAUGUAUAUUUUGGAAGGUAUGUGACCCGUAAGCACAAUGAUCAUUUCUGUUCAUAUGAAACUGCAGCAGAGCAGUGUCUGCAUGCUUUAUGAAGUUGCUUGUGUGGGACCCCACAGGAUGCCAGAGAGGGACAGUUCCUGGCUGCCAUGGGUGGAUGAUACUGCUGCUAUUAGAGAAAGGUGAGCUGUGGCACCAAGUCACAUCAGUUUCACAGAAAAAGGCAACUUGUAGCUUAUUUUAGAAGUAUAACUUUUAUUUAGUUAGAAUUAUAAUAAAAGAAAAGCUUGCAUUCAUAAGGCAUUCAUUCUGUUGUAAAUGUUCAAUCUAUUUAUUUGCGAGCAAGGACCUGGGAUUGUAAACAAGUGUGGUUAUCUAUCGAGUGUGUGGUAAUCCCCUCAUCCACUCUGACUCUGAGCAUCAUGUUCUUAGUAGCUGUUCAUUUCUGUAUGUGCUUGGUCUCCGUUUUUAGUUGUUUAUGUUUAAUACUGUGGUAUCCAGUUGGCUUCCAGUAGCAGUCUGUUGAGCUGCUUAGCCUCUACUUCUAAGCAUGGACUCUGGAGUCAUUGGCCUCUCCAUGUUCACAUUUUGGGACAGUGGAAGUUUCCAGGAGCAGCGGCUGAUCUGGCUGUGUUGUUUGCCUGUGAGAACAACCUGCAUGGUGAUUUAAGGUAUUGCCAAGAAUCCUUGGGCUUCAAAGCAUUCUUCACAAAUUGUGUUUCUAUAAAUGCUCCUCCUUCCACAUAAGGGUGUAGUGCUAAGCCUGGUAGUGGUUUGGUUUCCAUUAGAAAUUUAAAAUCCUAUGUCUAGUUUAGACUGGAAGAAAACAGUAAGGAAUUAGGUAACUGCAUAGAGAGAGAUCUAGAGCUGUUCUCUUCACCUUAAUCACAAGUUCUUAUUAAAUAGGUAAGUGAAUAAAUACUGGGUUUAUAGAGGCAAAACAUGGCAGGAUUUCUUCCCCCAGUUCUUUUAAGUUACCCUAUACCGCAGGCACUAGAUUAUUCAGUCCUUUAGUUCUGCAGUUUUGAUCUUCAUAGGUGUCAAUUUCAGAGAAUCUGUCAACAAAAAACAUUUAUGCUUAGCAAUCAGAGUAGGCAUUUUGCAAUUUAAUAACUUCUAAACUUGAAUUCAUUUGAUGUCAUUAAUUGUGUUGAUACUCCAUUCUGGAUUUUGCUUGACCACUGUUGUUCUGCUCGGCAGGGAGGGUCCUGACGGGGAUGCUGCGGUUGCACGCUCUUUAAAGAACAUGGCUUGUUUGGUGGUGUCAGUGAUAAUGCUAGUCUACUUCUAUUGUGACUUUAGUGCAGAGUUUAUAAUUAUGUAACUACUAGAACAGUACAGGGAGCCCUGGUCCCUUUUCCCUACAUCAUUAUUUGACUUUAUUCUUUUUCUCAAUCGCUCGCUUUCCUGAUUCUCCAAGGACCAAAUUCUCCAGUGAGAACUGGAGCAUGUCUCCAUGGUAAGCCAAAGGCUGCUCUCUUCAGCCUCUAAUUGUUCUGCAGCUGCCUCUGACAGGCACAAGUAGCCACACUGUGUGCAGGAACACAUGCCAAGGAAGGUGCCAAUAAUGACUCAAGAAAUAAGAAAAUUACCAAGAAUUUUAAGAUACUAACCUUGGACACAGGUUUUUUAGGGAGUCCACUUUCCCCCAUUGAUAAGUUGGUUUUUAAACCUUGGGAUGUCAUUUGCUCCCGAUAACAGUGUGUCUCAUUUGAAAAUUGAAGCUAACUAAAUAGAAUUGACUGUUAAUAUUUUGCUGAAACAUGUGCUAACAACUGUUAACUAAUGACAUGCAUUCUUAAAAGAGGUGCUUUCCUGUGAUGUAGGCGUGAAGUGGUGCCAAUGAGCAUAGAGCGGAAAUGUGAACUAUGCUGAUUGGGUUCAGCAUUUCCGAUGCAGCAUUAUCAGUGGGCCUUUAAAGAUACUUUGUGAGUAUAUAUUAGCUUUCACUUUUGUUAUUAAAUUAUAGCAGUUCUAUUAUAGAAAGCAAGUUUGCCUUGAUUUUGUUUAAAAUGACUUCUGCUCAGCACCCAGGAGAUAAAAUUGACAUAUUUUUAUAAUAUAAGCAUACUUUUUUUGUACAUUGUGUUCAUUCUUGAAUAAAGUAAGUUCAGUGUUGGCUUGUAGAUAAUAAAAAAGUAUUUGAUUUUGAUUCAAUAAAUGUUUUUCAAUCCUGA